AUGGGUAACAAUUCGUCGAAAGUUUCAAAAUCUCAACCUAAUUUCGAACGUGCCAAAGCGGCAUCAAAUGAUUCAAAUGACGCCUCCAAAACUAAAGAGAUAGAAAUAUUACUUAACAAUAUACAACAAGUAAUUGAUAGUAUGAAAAUGGAAGUGAAACCCAAUCCUUUGUUCCCAAAAACAUUCUUUAAUCCAUUGUUCAAUGCUCUAAGCUCUCUAACAGAGACGCUAAAUCCGACCAGACCACAUACUUGUUACUGUGUAGGUGGAACCGAUGUAGGUAAAUCAAGUCUAAUUAAUAGCAUCGCUGGAAAGGAAGUGUGUGCAGUUGGCGAAAAUGAUAGACCUUGUACAGACACUUUUAAAGUUGUACCUGUAGAAGAUGUGAACGCUACUUUUGUUGAUUCGAUAGGCUUUGGUGCACAAUUAAACGAUUCUAUUUUGGUGACACAAACUCAAAAGCAGAUGCAAAAUAUUGAACGUCCUGAUGCAGUUAUUAUAGUUGUAACAAAGAACAAUUUAAGAACCGUAGUUUCUCUGGAUAGUAUUAUGAAGAAUGUCAAUAGUGUUCUAAAAUACCUAAAACAAAUGCGACAUGGAACUAGCAUACCUGUCAUAUGCGUACUCAGUAAAAUCGAUGAGUAUUUCCAAGGCAAAGUGCCUAAUUGUGAAGACGAUGUCAAACAACUGGAAGAAUAUACUGAAAGAGCUUUAACGUUGGUAAAUAAGUACUUGAUUGAUCCAGCUGUGCAAUGUAUUCCCGUAUCAACAAGAUACAAUUAUGGUGUUGACCAACUUCGGCUGAGUAUCAAUGCUCAAUCACCACUGAAUGCUCAAAUCGUUGACAAAAAUCUUGAUUCCAUUAGCCGAUGCCGAGUAUCAAUAGCCAAUAAAAUUAUCGCUGCUUUUUCUACAGCUUCUGCAGCAGCAUCGUUUCUACCUCUUGCUGACAUCGUCAUUGUAACUAUUCUGCAAGAAUGGAUGUAUCGAAUGUUGGCUUGUUUUUCAAUCGACCCAAAUCGAACCGCGAAUGCAUUCAAAGCGGUGCAUCGUAUUCAACAAACGGCCAAUUUAGCUAUUCGUGUUGGUGCACUCUUCAUUGGAGGUGUACUUCAAUUAAGCAUUGUGGGCUACUUUAUUGGCGCUGGUAUAUGUGUAGCGACAGCCGCAACAUCCACAGCUGCUCUCGGUUGGGCAUCCUAUUUUUACUUUGUUGACUAG